AUGGCGGAGGGGAGAGGUCCCCUCUACAGGAGCGUCUCCUUCAGGCGCCUCGAGAGGUGGAUCGGGCCGGGAGGGGCGGAGGAGGGCGGCGGCCCCCGGGGGGAGCUGCAGCAGCAGCAGCGCCCGGGCGCACAGGCGUGCCAGGCUCAGCCUCCCAGCGCCAGGGCGCAGCAGCCGCCGUCGUCACCGGAGCCCAUCGGGCGGCGGUCGCCCAGCCGCGCCGCUUCCUUCAGCGUCUCCCGCAACGUCGUCAAGAUCGCCUCCGCCUCGGCUGGGCCGGACCAGCCGCCGCCGCCGCCCGGGGGCCGAGCCCUGCGGAGCCUCUCGCCGUCGGUGCGCCAACUUUCCCGGCGCUUCUGCGCGCCCCCGGGGGCGGACGGCGAGCAGCAGCCCGGCGAGGCGGCCCGCGGGAGAGCCACCUGUUGCGGGAGCAAGCGAGACCCCCGCGCCGGGCCCGCCGAUGAGUCCGGCGGAGAGGAGCCGCCGCCGCCGCCGCCGCGGGGCAAAGCGCUGAGCGAGCCCCGCAAAGGCGGCGAGGCGGCGCUCGACUGGCCCAGCGUGACCGAGAUGCGCAAACUUUUCGGCGAGAGCUUUCGGCGGCAGCAGGCGGCGCCGGGCUCCGGCAUGGGCGACGCCGCGGACGACGCGCCGGGGCUCCGCGCGGGCCCGCACAGCCUGGCGGGCAGAGCGCGGGAUCCGGCGCCGGGGAGCGCCGCCCCGCACCUGCGUGGAGCCGUGGACGGCGGCGGCGGCGCCCCGCUGGCCGACGGGGCCGGGCCGGGCGGCAGGGAAGAGCGCAGGCCCGUCGCCUGGCGCGAGGAGCGCAAGGAGACCCCGCCGCCGCCGCCGCCCCGCAGCUGCAUCCCCUUUCCGGGUCUCCGGGCGCACCGGGCGCUCGGGCCGCCCCCCAGAGCCGAGGCCGAGCGGCCGCCGCCGCAGCCACCCCAACUGUGGGAUAGUUUGCAUUCCUCGCAUAGUUCCUCCAAGCCGCAAGCUGCCCCUGGCUCCCCCUCGCCGCCCCCCGCCGCCGCCGCCGCCUCCUCGCCAGCCAUCAGCGGCUUCGCGGGCCAGGGGAUCUCCGGCAGCGAGGAGGCGCUGCUGCCGCCCGGCCCCGGGGCGCCCCAGCCCGCUUUCGCCCCCUCCGGCACUGGCAGCAGCUGGUCCCUGUCUCCAGAGAGGUCUUCGGGGAGUGAGGAGGAGGAGGACCCCCUGCAGCCCCCCAGGAAGCACUCCAUCCGGAAGACAUGGAAAGACCCCAGCCUCCAGGACCAGGCCUUGAGCAGGAAUGGGCUGGCGGGGAUGGAGUGGUACCUCAAGGCCCAGCAGGACGUUUCCCAGUACCCCCUGCUGCCUGCGGAUGAAAGGACCAGGUCAUCGCCCACUGCCAGCCUCCUUGGGGAGGCCAGGACUGGACGCAGCACCAGGGCCCCCAAAUCGUUUGUUCGGGGUGCGCCUGAAGGCAGCGGCUCUGUUCUUGGCCCGCCUGGGGCCCUGGUCUCAGCAUCUCCCCUCCCGCUGGUCUCCCGUGUCUCCAAAGUGAACAUCCCCCCUUUCGUGCCAAGCCCUUGCGGGUCGCGGAGCAGCAGUCGUUACUCGAGUACGGAGACCCUGAAGGAUGAAGACCUCCAUGGGGCCCCCUGGACUGGCCAAGCCAGGAGCUUCCCGAGUGGGCUGGGGAUAUAUCGGUCCCCGAGCUUCAACCAAAGCGACAGCCUCGCCCGGCUGCAGCCACAGAUCCGAGCUCACCCAAAGCUGCCUUCAGGGGUUGUCAAAACGAAGCAAGAGGCCCUGGCUUUUGAAGGCCUCCACACCUGUGCCCUUGAAGCCAAGGAAGAGGCCAAGCACAGGAAGUCCAUGUCCAACCCAGACAUUGCCACAGAGACGCUGGCCCUCCUCUCCUUCCUCAAGUCGGACCUCUCCGAGCUGAAGGCGCGGAAAAAAGGGCCCAGGUUGGGUGUUCAAGAGGAGACGGCCCUCGGCAGCUCCAGCAGGAAUGAGAGUUACCCCCACAGCUCCCCGGGGCUCCACCUUGGCAGCAGAUCCCCAAGCGAGGCCCAGCCACCCAACCGCUGGACGCUAGGCUGUCGGCCGACCCUGAAAGACCUCACGGCAACUCUGCGGCGGGCCAAGUCAUUCACCUGCUCCGAUAAGCCAGCGCCCCGCAGGCUGUUCUCCCAGAGUGCCCUGAAGCAGAGCUGUUCAGAGCUUCUCCUGACCAGCGCUGGGGAUCAUGACGGUGCAGCCUCUGACAGCGAAAUUGGGCGCGCUGGGGAGGAUGCGGGUCUCCCCGUCAUCAUCCAGGACCAGUAUAUUCAAGAAGCCAGGCAGGUCUUUGAGAAGAUCAGCAAGAUUGGAUCCCAGCAUGAGUAUAACUUUGCUUUGGACCAAAGAGACAGUGAAAGCAUGAAAGGCGAAGCAAAUGAUUCAAACACGCCACAAGAGGAAGCCCCGGGAGGGAGCUGUGGGCCAAGCUUGGGGAAAGAGGGCUCUGAAGGAAAGCUGCCUCAUCGGAAAUCGUCCGAAGAGCUCUCAGGCCCUGAAUCCUGCCUAAUGGAUGAAGGCAUCGUGACUGAGCCAGAGAUGAGUCCGGCCUACAGCUAUCUCAGCCCAUCCGGAGCAGCCUGGAAGUCAUCUAAUCAAAGAGGAAGUGAAGGUGGCCAACUGGAGAAGAACAUGGUGCUCCUUCCAAACCACAUUACCAAAGUGAGCAACGAGAAGGCCGCUCCUCCUGACGAGACCCUGCCCAAUAGCAAGAUGUUGGAGGCACCGUCGACUCCUAGUGCCCUCCGACGCCGAAGAAAGUUUCCCUCGGUGGGAAACAAUGGGUCUGAGCCCAGCAGUGGGAGCAAUGGGGAAGCUAGCGGCGAAAAUUACAGAUCCUUGAGCGAUCCCAUGCCCCACCGGAGAUGCUCCAUCACGGAAGACUCCAAGAACUUCUCUGUGGACAGCAACCUCCUGGGUUCGUUGAAUUCCAAGUCUGGCCUCCCGGAGUCCUCAGCGGUAGCCCUGUCCGAAUGCACGGGCAGCGCGGCCAGCGACUUGUCUGUCUGCAGCGAUGGCCUCCGGGAUUACAGCGCCAUGAUCCAAAACAUUGUUAGCCAACCCGGAGCUCUGGACAAAGUGAUCGAUGAGAAGGGGAACGGCAAGACGAUCAAGAAGAAGUCCUUCAGUGACCCCAGCCGCCGGGGAGAGCUGGCCAGCACGGGCUUCGACGGGCCCGGGGAGCCCAUCAGCGAGAUGGAGCAGAGCAUCCCCCCGUCCAGCAGCGAGCCCAUCCUCUCCGAACCCCGGGAUCAGGCGAGGCAGCAGGAAGCGUGCGGGCCGUACUCGCUGUCUGAGCACGUUCUGUCCCCUCUGGAUGACGACUUGGAUGAAGUGGGCCAGAACUAUAGCUUCGACCCCAAGCUGGCCAAAGUCCUGUCCCCCAGGAUCGCCCGCCGGAGCUCCAAGAAGCGCAGCAACCGGGUGAACUGUCAGGAGAGCAGGACCGAAGAGGCCACGCCAUCUCCUGCGGGCCCCACCGGCCUGGGAAGGCCACGGCAGCCCUCCAAGCAUGUGCGCCACACCAGCGAGCCUGCCACCUUCCUCCCCAUCUCCGAUGCCCACCCGCCGGCUUCGCAGCACCAGAACACGCCGGAGCCCUCUCGGCUGCCCGCAAAGCCCUACCAGGUGGCCCAGGCUCCAUCCUUGGAAGACGUCACCAAGCACUACAUGUUGGCGCUCAGUUCAGGGGAGCCCUCCUCUGCCAGUGCUGUGGAUACCCCCAGAUUGUCUCCUGCCACACCCACCUCAACGGAGCCCAAGCUGCCCAGAUGCCCGAAACAUCAUGAAGAACCGAGCAGUGUCGGCACCAGGAGCAAGCCGCAAGUGGACAUGCGGAAACACGUCAUCAUGACCCUCCUGGAUACUGAACAGUCGUACGUGGAGUCUCUUCGGACGCUGAUGCAGGGAUACAUGAAGCCCCUGAAACUGCCCGAAAACUCCAUCCUCUGUGACCCUUCUCUGGUGGACGAGAUCUUCGACCAGAUCCCUGAGCUGCUGCAGCAUCACGAGGAGUUCCUGGAGCAGGUCUCCGAGUGUGUGCAGAACUGGCACGAGAAGCAGAAAGUGGGAGAUGUCCUGGUGCAGCUGUUUUCCAAGGAGAUCUUGGUGACUAUUUACUCGGCCUACAUCGACAAUUUCCUCAACGCCAAGGACGCUGUGAGGAUCGCCAAGGAAGCAAGGCCGGCAUUUAUGAAGUUUCUGGAGCAAAGCAUGAGGGAAAACAAGGAGAAGCAGGCCCUGUCGGACCUCAUGAUCAAGCCGGUGCAGCGGAUCCCGCGAUACGAACUUCUGGUCAAGGACCUGCUGAAGCACACCCCCGAGGACCACCCCGACCACCCCUUCUUGCUCGAAGCCCAGCGGUAUAUCAAGCAAGUGGCCGAGAGGAUCAACAAAGGGAUGAAGAGCGCUGAGGAGGUGGAGAGGAACGCCCGCAUCGUGCAAGAGAUCGAAUCCCAUAUCGAGGGGAUGGAAGACCUUCAGGCCCCACUGCGGCGGUUCUUACGCCAGGAGAUGGUCGUGGAAGUGAAGGUUGCCGGGGGCAAGAAGGACCGCUCCCUUUUCCUCUUCACAGACCUGCUGGUUUGCACCACUCUGAAGCGCAAGUCAGGUUCCCUACGGCGCAGCUCCAUGAGCCUCUAUACGGCCGCCAGCGUGAUCGACACGGCCAGCAAGUACAAGCUGCUCUGGAAAUUGCCCCUGGAAGACGUGGACAUCGUGAAAGGGGCAUCGCAGUCCACCAACCGCGAGAGCAUCCAGAAGGCCAUCUGCCGCUUGGACGAAGACCUCAGCACCCUCGGACAAGUCAGCAAGCUUUCGGAGGCCCUCAGCUUUCCUCAUCAGAACCUGGACGAUGUCAUCAAGGACCUCAUGGCCUCCAUCCACCGCGAGCUGGCCGAGAAGCAGUCGCUGUCAUUCUCCAUGUCCUUUCCGCCCAACAAGAUGGAGCUGACCGCCACCAAGGCCGACGGCACCGAGUCGUACAUCUUUGAGUUCCCCAAUCCGGAUGCGCGCCAUAGCUUUGAGCAAGCCUUUGAGGACACAAAGAAGAAAUUAGCUUCCAACAAAAAUUGCCUGGAUCCGGAGUUUCUGAAGGCGAUCCCCAUCAUGAAGACCAGGAGCGGCAUGCAGUUCUCCUGCGCCUCUCCCAGCCACAGCAACCCCGAGAACGCCCACGAGGUCUGGGUGUGCAACAGCGACGGGUACGUGGGGCAGGUCUGCCUGCUGAGCAUCCAGAAGGAGCCGAUCGUGGAGGCCUGCAUCGCCGUGUGCUCGGCCCGGAUCCUCUGCAUCGCCUCGGUGCCGGGCCUGAAGAGGGCAUUCCGGGAGCGCCCCGUGUCCCUGGCCAGCCCGGCCUCGGAGCCUGCACACGCAGCCCUGGAAGAACCGGUGCCGCAGCAGUGCCUGCACAUCUCCAUUUCUGGGUCCUCUCUGGAGCUCUCGGAGCCGGUCGACAGCGCCCACCGGGAACUUGUUCCCUUUGACAGCGACGACACCGAUGAGGAGUCCUCACCCAGUCCGUCCGGCACCCUUCAGAGCCAGGCCAGCCACUCCACCAUCUCCUCCAGCUUUGGAAAUGAGGAGAUGCCGAGCUGUAAAGAUGCGACAGCUGAGACCACCAGCUCCGAGGAAGAGCAGGACCCUUCGGGCUUCCUUCCCGUCGCCCCCACCUUUGCCCAGAAUAGAAACAGCGAGAGCCCCAUGGACGGGCGGGCGAUGCGGCGGUCGAGCCGAGGGUCGUUCACCAGGGGCAGCCUGGAAGACCUGCUGAGCAUCGACCCCGAGGCCUAUCAGAGCUCCAUGUGGCUGGGGACCGAGGACGGCUGCAUCCACGUCUACCAGUCCUCAGACAAUAUCCGCAACCGGAAGAAUAGCAUGAAGAUGCAACACGCAGCCUCCGUGACUUGCGUUUUGUACCUUGACAACCAGGUGUUCGUAUCGCUGGCCAAUGGAGAGCUCGUUGCCUACCAGAGAGAAGCAGGACGCUUCUGGGACUCCCAGAACUCCAAAUCCCUCUCCUUGGGCUCUCCGGGCAGCCCCAUCACCAAGAUGGCCGCUGUGGGGGGGCGCUUGUGGUGCGGAUGCCAGAAUCGGAUCCUCGUCCUCAACCCGUCCACACUGCAGCAGGAGCACUCCUUCCACAUCGGGCAGGACGGCACCCGCAGCGUGACCUGCAUGGCGAGCUCCGUCGUGGGCGUCUGGAUCACCCUGCAAGGCAGCGCCCAGGUGCGGCUCUACCACCCGGCCAGCCACGACCAGCUGGCGGAAGUGGACGUCACCCCGCCCGUGCACAAGAUGUUGGCAGGGUCCGACGCCAUCAUUCGGCAACACAAGUCCGCCUGCCUGCGCAUCACCGCCCUCCUGGCCUGCAAGGACCUGCUCUGGAUCGGCACCAGCGCCGGCGUGGUGCUGACGCUCUCCAUCGCGGCCAGCCCCGGCGCCCUGAAGGCCCUGCCCCUGCCGGUGGGCCUUUCCCAGGGACACACGGGCCACGUCCGGUUCCUCACGACCAUCGAGCUGCCGGACGGCUUCGACAUCCUCUUUCCCUUGCCCAAGGACCCAGGUGUGGAAAAAUCCAGCGACCUGGAGAAGCGGGACUCGGUGCGGCACCGGCCAGCCAAGUCCAAGAUGCUUGUGAUCAGCGGCGGAGAUGGCUACGAAGACUUCCGGCUCACCAACAGCAGUGAGACGGUGGGACGGGACGACAGCACGAACCACCUGCUUCUCUGGAGGGUCUGAUGCGCCACAGAGCCGGGCCCCCUCUUGGGGAGGGGGGCGAGAGGGGGGGCACACGCCCCACUUCCGUCCUCGCUGUUUACACCGAAUGCUGCUGCUCGUCGCCGUGUUUCAUCUCCCAUCGUGAAUGUCCCGUGCGCCGCACGGUCGCCUGGCGGGUCCGCCGCGCCGAGGGGGCGACACCCUGGGAUGGAUUGUGCACAGACCUUCUCCCCCCGCCUCCAGGACACAAGCCCCUCCGGCUGCGUGUGAGUGUACAGGUGCACACGCCUGCGUGCGUGAGGCUGCCGUGGGAGUCGCGGCCGUCCUGGCACGCCAGGCCCGCCGGAAGGCUCCCGGGGGGACCAGAGCAGCCGCGCGGAAUUCAGCUCUGCUCCGGAAAGGGAGGCCGCUCUGUGCGUGCGUGUCACCCGGUGAGGACCCCCAGCCCCAGCAUCCUGGGCCGUCUCUCCA